AUGCUCGCGGUAGAUGCGAUAUCCCUCAUCUCAGGAUGGACAUGGCCGAUUCUCGCAUUAGUGUUGAUAUGUGGAUGGGCCAUCAGUGUACGGUACCAGAAAGGUUUCAACAAAUACAACGGCCCUUUCCUCGCAUCGUUAACGAAUUUUUGGCGGAUUUGGCAGCGUCUGCGAUACCCUCAUCGAACUUACUUCCACGAUGUGGCCAAAUACGGGCGCAUUAUCCGUGUUGGACCGAAUACCUUGGUGUUCAAUGAUCCCGAGGCGAUCAAGGACAUUUACAUGACGCACUUUUCGAAGUCCAGAUUCUACUGGGUUGCUCAGGGUGUUAGUCAAGGCCAUGUGGUUGCGAACAUUUUCUCAACAACAGAUCGAGUCUACCACGGCAAGCUUCGGCGGACGGUGGCCAACUCCUUCGCCAUGAGUACUCUGGUGCAGUACGAGCCUUACGUGACGGACGCUCUGGCAACGUUUCUGUUCCAGUUGGACCAGAGAUUCGCAGGCAAAUACAGCAAGGAAGGCAUCUUUGACCUAGCAGACUGGUGCCGAUUUUUUGCCCUUGAUGUCAUCAGCGGCCUGACCCAGGGUAGACCUUAUGGUCUUUUGGAAGCUGGUUGCGACCAUAUAGGCGUCGUCGACGCCCAGAUCAAGUUUCUGCAGUACUUUACCGUCACCAACAAUGCCCCAUGGCUCGACUGCAUGCUCAAGAAGAACCCGAUUCUUCUCUGGCUGGGACGUAAAGGGUUGUGGAAUAGUGUGACCGCCACCGUUCCCGUGGCGCAGCAACAGGUCGCGCAACUGUCGCGCAACCUCCAUGAGAAGUACAACAGCGACGAUGAGACACCGUCUCGUGGCCGCGUUCCGUUGGUCACCAAGUUUCUGCAGGCCAAGGUCACCCAUCCCGACAUCGUUGACGAUCGCGCCAUUCUGGGGCUGACACUUUCCAUGGUCAACGCUGGGAGUGGCACAGUGUCGACCACUUUAGCCGCGACGCUGUACUUUCUUCUCAAGAAUCCCACAGUCAUGAAGCAGCUCCUUGCCGAGCUGGAUGAGCACUUCCCUCCAGCCCAUCCGCCAGCGUCGACCCCACGCACGCAGAAGUGGUUGGCAGAGGACGUCGUUAUCCCGUUCGCCGCCGCGCAAAAGUUGCCUUUCCUUGACGCUGUGAUCAAGGAGGUCUUCAGGCUCUGGCCAGCUCUGGGAAUGCAGCUUAUGGAGCGUGUCACCCCGCCGGAGGGCGCACACAUACUCGGAGAAUAUAUCCCCGGCAAUACUAUCGUCAGCUGCAACUCCUGGAUCAUGCACCGCCACAAACCCACAUUCGGCGAAGACGCCGACAAAUUUCGACCGUCCAGAUGGCUCCUGGCAACUCCCGACCGCCUUCAAUCAAUGAACAAGGCGAUGUUGAUGUUUGGUGCGGGGUCACAUACGUGUAUAGGUAAGAACAUUGGGAUGCUGGAGCUUUACAAGGCGGUACCAUCGUUGUUGACAAGUUUCAAUGUGAGUAAUUUACCCACCAUGAGAGACUUCUUGUUCCGAAAUCAUGCUUUUUAA